AGUAUGAGGGCAACGUAUGGUUUAUUUUUGAGAGGCAUCACUUUGGUCGUUUUGCUGUUCAGUGAAGGCUCGUUGGCAUUGUAUUUCCCCCAGAAUGAGUACAUUGAGAGCGUGUAUGUUGGGCAGGAAGCUGGCACGCCUGUGAUCCAGCUCCAUGGAAUGCUGGACAGCCCCUCAGAGAGGCCCUACUUCUACCUGUGCUGGAACAACGUCGUGAAAAUGCCAGCCCAUGCUCUGUGGUUCCAGCUGGAUGAAGACACUGGAGUUCUCUCCUUGAAUAAAACACUGGACUGGGAGGACUUUGCCUCCCUGUCAAGGAGUGUGGCAGGGCCCGUGAAGAAGCUAAUUCUGAGGGUGAUGGCCACGCUUAAGCCGGUGCAUCAGAGGUACUGUCACCAGCAAGCCUGCGUGACGGUCAACCUCAACUUCAUCAACGCCACAGCUCCGCUCUGCGCCCACACAAAGCUGGAAAGGCUGUGUUUCGCCGUCAGGGACCCCAGCCCCCACAUCAAGGAGAACAGGCUGCCUGGAGCCUUCCGGCAGCUCCGCCGCCUCACUCUCCAGGACACCUGCCCCAAUUUCACCAUCUCCUACAGCCUGGAAGGAGAUCUUUCAGUCCCAUUUGCCAUAAAUGAGAACACCUCAGAGGUGCUGGUGACCAGGCCAGUGGACCGUGAGGAGCGCGAGAUGUACAGUUUGGACAUUAUUUGCACUGUCAGGACAGAGGCCCGGCUGCACAAAUUCUUCGGCGUGCUGCUGGUGAAUAUCUAUGAUGAGGACGACAACCCUCCGUACAUCAACGGCUCCAACACAGAGGAGGUGGUGCUGGAGUUCAAUCGGAAAAAGGGUUCUGUAUUUGGCAGUUUGUUGGUGUGUGACAGGGACACCACACCGAUAUACCCCAAAGACCAGAGUCAGAACAAAUUUGUGGGGCAAAUGGUGACACGCGAUGCUUGGGUAAAAGAAACAUUUUCCAUCGAGCACAGUUUCAGAGAAGAGAAAGUGAUCUUCGGCAAUGUGCGAGGGACUGUUCAUGAGUACAAGCUGGUUCUGAAUAAGGACAUUCCAGUGACAGAGAAGCGUUCUUUCCAGCUGGAUUACCUUGUCAAUGACACCACUUUUGUUGGACCAGAGGGGACAGUGAUGCUCCAUUUCAACGUCACCAUCCUGCCCGUUCAGAUCGCUUUCACCAAUAUCACCUACCGGUUCAUGCUGUCCCGCAAAGCUGCCUCUUAUUCACAGAUUGGCCAGGUUUGCGUGGAUGACUGUCUACAGUUCCAGGGUAUCAAUGUUGCGUAUAGACUGGCGAUGGCAGAUAGGAACCUCUCGGCAUCUGCGAAAACAUGCUACACGGCUGCGGGUAUUGCGCAGAGUGACGUGGAGGCCUCUGGGAUCCUCUAUGUCAAUCACACGGAAGCGUUCCGGAAGGCAGAGUGCCAGGAGCUGCUGUACAUUGUCACGGCUCAGGAACAGCAGAAGCAGCUGCAGGCCAGGACUCAGCUCCUCAUCCUGUUCGACUCUGAGCCUGAUAAAGAUGACCUGGAGACAGACUGCCCACAGUACUGUGCAGAGAGGAAGGAACGGAGGGAAUGUGAGUCCUGCUCUGGCCUGGGCGCACCAACUGGGAGAUGUCAGUGGAGACAAGGCGCCGGAGACAAAGGAAUAUCGAGAAACUACUCCACCUGCUCUCCUGACCUCAGAACAUGUCCAGAUGGAUACUGUGAUGUCAUUGAAAGGAAAAACAAAGGGAUAUGUCCUCAGGACUGCACAACUGAACCCAUCACUGGUGGCCAUGAGCGAGGCGUAUAUGGGAUCAGAGCUGGCUAUGGAACCUGCUACUGCUACACUGAUAACUGCUUCUGUGAAAAGAAUGACAUUGAAGAGCCUAUAUGUGACGACAUGUGCAAGACCAUCAUCGCCACUGCUGUCCUGCUGUCCUUCAUCGUGUCUGUCCUGCUCUCCUCCUACUUCAUUCAUCGUUACCACAAGAACUCUCCCAAGCCCCCCAUCGCCUCAGCCGAAAUGACCUUCCGCCGCCCCGCACAGUCCUACCCCAUCAGCUACUCUGCCAACAACGUGCGCCGGCCCUCACUGGACUCCAUGGAGAAUCAAGUGGCCAUUGACACCUUCAAAAUACCUGAGGAUCCAAAGUGGGAGUUUCCGAGAAAGAAUCUGGUCCUUGGUAAAACCCUGGGUGAAGGGGAGUUUGGGAAGGUUGUCAAGGCGACAGCAUUCCGACUGAAAGGAAAGGCCGGGUAUACCACGGUUGCUGUAAAAAUGCUUAAAGAAAACGCUUCACACAGUGAACUUCGGGACCUGCUGUCCGAAUUCACCUUGCUGAAGCAAGUCAACCACCCACACGUCAUUAAAAUGUAUGGGGCCUGCAGUCAAGAUGGCCCCUUGUACCUGAUUGUGGAGUAUGCAAAGUAUGGGUCACUGCGCAACUUCCUGCGAGAGAGUCGGAAAGUGGGCCCCAGCUAUGUGGGCAGCGACGCUAAUCGCAACUCCAGCUACCUGGAGAAUCCAGACGAGAGGGUGCUGACCAUGGGGGACCUCAUCUCUUUCGCCUGGCAGAUCUCCAGGGGUAUGCAGUACCUGGCUGAAAUGAAGCUUGUCCAUCGUGACCUGGCAGCGAGGAACGUAUUGGUUGCAGAGGGAAGGAAGAUGAAGAUCUCUGAUUUUGGACUGUCUCGGGAUGUCUAUGAAGAAGACUCCUAUGUGAAGAGAAGCAAGGGUCGUAUUCCGGUGAAAUGGAUGGCAAUAGAGUCUUUGUUUGACCACAUUUACACAACACAAAGCGAUGUCUGGUCAUUCGGCGUGCUGCUGUGGGAGAUUGUGACCCUUGGGGGGAACCCAUACCCUGGCAUUGCCCCGGAGCGCCUCUUCAACUUACUCAAGACUGGCUACAGGAUGGAGCGGCCCGAAAACUGCACAGAGGAAAUGUACAAUCUGAUGCUUCGCUGCUGGAAACAGGAGCCAGACAAACGGCCGACGUUCUCCGAGAUCAGCAAGGAGCUGGAGAAGAUGAUGGUGAAAAGCCGAGACUACUUGGACCUGGCGGCCUCCACGCCAGCCGACUCUCUGCUGUACGACGAUGCCCUCUCAGAAGAGGACACGCCCCUUGUGGACUGUAAUAAUGCUCCCCUCCCUCGCACUCUUCCCUCCACUUGGAUUGAGAACAAGCUCUAUGGCAUGUCUUACCCGAACUGGCCUGAGAAGAGCCCGGUACUACUCACCAGACUGGAUGGCACUAACCCAGUCUUUACAAGAUAUGCCAAUGAUAGUGUUUAUGCAAACUGGAUGGUCCCGCCUUCUACGGCAAAAUUUAUGGACAAGUUUGAUAGUUAA